CUUUUGUGUCCCGUUAGACAAACACUAUCGAGGAAAAUUCAACCAAAUCAGAGAGAUAACACAGAAGCCUAAUUUUGGAAAUGAGAAAAUUCGAUCCGUGGCCGAUCUUUUUCCGCCGGGAAUGGAGCCGCAACUGGCCGUUUCUGGUUGGUUUCGCCGUCACCGGCACUAUCAUCACCAAGAUGUCCCUCGGUUUCACUGAGGAGGAUGCAAAGAACUCUCGAUUUGCGCAAAAGCAUAAGAAGUAA